AAUUGAGCAUCUCCUCAUUCCGUGCUUCCAGCACGCAGCCUCUACACUAAUAAUUGAUCAAAGCAAUCAAUCAAUGGCAAGGCGAUUGCUAACGCCGAACACCGCGCCGCCGCCCGCGGCAACGGGAACGGCCGCGCAUUCGGGGUGGGACGUGAACCGGUCGGCCGUCAAGGUGGCCAUCGUCGGCAACGUGAUCGUCGUGCUGCUCUUCUUCGUCGCCGUCGUCUGGCGCCUCUUCUUCUCCGGGAAAGGCCAAGAAGGAACCAUUGCGCCCGAAGGCGGCGGCGCGGCGACCGCCGAGGCGGACGCGCUCUCCUCCGCCGAGAGCUCGCCGAGCGCGUCUCCUCGGGGAAAAGGGCUCAGGAAGGAGGACCUCGUGGCGCUGCCCGUGUACGUCCACGGCGCCGGCGCGUCGGCGGAGGAGGGCAGCGGCGGCAAGGUGGAAUGCGCGGUGUGCAUCUGCGAGCUCGGAGACGGCGACACCGGCCGGCUCCUGCCGAGGUGCGGGCACCGGUUCCACGCCGAGUGCGUCGACAGGUGGUUCCGGUCGCACGCCACAUGCCCACUCUGCCGCACCGUUGUGGGAGGUCAACCCCAAGGAGCAGCUGCGGAGUGAUGAACUGUGAGGCAUAUGCAGAAGUGUGUGGCUGUUCCUGUUAACCUAUUGAAACCAAUGUCAGUUGCUAGAUAGAUUUAUUCAGGUGA